GCAGUAGUGAACGCAUGAUCAUGUGACGCAUACGUUACUUUUCCGGCACAAUCCCGGGCGCAACGGCUCCAGAUCAUUGCUUUACACGGUCCUACUCCCCCCACGCCUUGCUUUCGGUAUGGCGGACGGCGAGAGGUCCCCGCUACUAGCAGAUCUCGGAGAUGGUGCUCUUGGGGGUGGUAACGGCGGAGUGUCACCUGGCUCCGCUCCCUAUGGUUUACCAAAUAAGCCACAAAGCUUUCCUCCCUUCCCCAGCCCCACCCAGCCCUCAGUGCUUAUGGGGGAGGACCCUCCUCCGUACUCCCCCCUCACCUCCCCAGAGAGCGGCAGCGCGCCAGGCAUCAGCUGUAGGGUGUGUCAGAGCCUCAUCAGCGUGGAGGGGAAGAUCCACCAGCAUGUGGUCAAGUGUGGGAUCUGCAACGAGGCUACGCCCAUCAAGAAUGCGCCAGCAGGGAAGAAGUAUGUCCGCUGCCCCUGUAACUGUCUGCUCAUCUGCAAAGUCACCUCCCAGAGGAUCGCCUGUCCCCGGCCCUACUGUAAGAGGAUAAUAAACCUGGGUCCAGUCCACCCUGGUCCAGCCAGCCCUGACCCCCAGCCGUCCGGAGCUCGGGUCUCCUGUGGACACUGCAGCAACACUUUCCUGUGGACAGAGUUUACUGACAGGACACUCGCCAGGUGCCCACACUGCAGGAAAGUCUCCUCUAUUGGGCAGAGGUACCCUCGAAGGCGGAGCUUGUGGUGUUUUCUACUAUGCUUGCUUUUCAGCCUCUCCGCUGCUGGGCUGGUAGCUGGUACGUGGGUGAAGGCCCAGGACUACGGGGGUAUCUAUGCCUCCUGGGCCGUGCUGAUCCUGUUGGUACUCCUGACCCUGGGCCGGGCUCUAUACUGGGCCUGCAUGCGUGUUAGUGAGCCCCUACAGAACUUCACAUAGACACACACACACAGGUGUAGGUUGAAGUUGCCCCUAGAUGGUGAUCUUGGGUCAGUUUUGCAUUUCC